AUGUUCACAAGAGGUGCAGCUACCAAAGCUCUGCGCUAUUGCAAUUGUGCGAAGACAGCUCGAUCGUCGACGAUCCGCACGACCAGUCGACGACAUGUAUCUAGUACAGCAUCGUCCGUUCCAGUACCAUCAUCUGUCGCGGCAAAAGCACAUCCAUGGGCUGGUGUGACGACACAAAUCGACCAGGUUGCGCCUCGUUUUGAGAUAGACGCGUCUCAGAUUGAGAUUGUUGAUUCUCCUACAGCAUUCUACACGACCCUCAAGGAUAAGAUUAAGAAGGCUCAAAAGCGAAUAUACUUAUCAACCCUUUACAUUGGCAAAACCGAGAAUGAGUUGAUAGAUACCAUAAGAGAUGCACUACAAGCAAACCCUAAUCUGCAGGUCGCCAUCUUGACUGACUACCUGCGCGGCACUCGAGAAGAUCCAAAUCCCUCAUGUGCAAGCCUACUGGUGCCGCUCGUUGCAGAAUUUGGCGGUAGAGUCAAGGUGCGCAUGUACCAUACACCCAAUCUCAAUGGCUGGAAGAAAGAGUAUAUGCCUAAGCGCAUCAACGAAGGAUGGGGUCUCCAGCACAUGAAACUUUAUGGCUUCGACGAUGAAAUCAUGCUCUCUGGCGCCAAUCUCUCAGAUGAUUACUUCACGAAUCGGCUGGAUCGAUACCACAUCUUCAAAUCGAAAGAGCUGGCCGACUUCUACCACGAUAUUCACGAUGGUGUUUCCGAAAUCUCAUACAAUCUUGUACCGUCUGAUGAGCACACAGCCGGUUUCGAGCUUCAAUCGCCAAUGCACAGAGGUAUUCCGGACCCUGUAUUUCACCCACAACGCUUCAAGCGACACGCGAAACAACUGCUCGAGCCACUGAUUCGAGUCAGAGCAAGGCAGAAGAUCGUUCCGCUCGAGUUCGACGAAGACAAAACAUUUGUAUAUCCCUUAGCUCAAUUCGAUAUCCUCCUAGGUCAACCUACAGCCAAGUCAUUUAUGAACUACGAGUUUCGCAAUCCGACAUCAACUGAGAAACCCGUGCUUACCAAGUUGCUUGCAGCAUUAGCAAAGGAUGACGCACUCCGUAACGCGAGAUGGACCUUCACAGCAGGCUACUUCAACAUCGAUCCAGACAUUUGCGCUGGUCUCCUCGAAGCGACUCCUGCCUCGAAACAGCUUGUUCAGAAAGGAAAUAACCUCGAGAAGGCAUGUACAGUCAUCACGGCCAGUCCCUGGGCCAACGGCUUCUACGGCUCUUCUGGUAUAUCCGGCAUGCUGCCUGCUGCGUACACCCUCCUAUCUCGCCGCUUCCUUAGACAGGUAGCGAAAGCUGGGAAAGAAGAUGCUGUACAGCUCAAGGAGUGGCGAAAGGGUACUGUCGGACAGCCUGGUGGCUUCACAUACCACGCAAAAGGUAUAUGGAUAACACUACCUUCACAAAUGAAUACACAAUCAGAGGAAGAAGCUGGGCCCAGCGUUACACUAGUAGGUAGCAGUAAUUACACAAAGCGCAGCUAUAGCCUGGAUCUGGAAGUUGGUGCACUGGUUGUCACUGCUGAUGAAGAGUUGAAGCGAAAAUUGAAGGCAGAGGUGGAGUGGCUAGAGAAAGAUGCCACUGUGACAACUCAGGACGACCUGAUGAAGGUUGAAAGACGUGUAGGUGCACGAGUACGAGCUGCGCUUUGGCUUGUGGAAAGACUGGGUGGUGCAUUAUAG